AUGAAUCCAGAAGUGAACAGAGUCAGUGACCAUGAUCCAAACGGAGAUGUCAUCCUCAUGGUAUCCCCACCAAAGCAGCCUCGCGCAUACGCACCCUCCAGGCUUUAUUCAGGUGAAGAGGCAGGGGUCGUCAGAUACCGAGCUUCCUCUAAACAUCUGAGCUUGGCUUCGCAAUACUUCGAAAAGAGGCUGAAGAAAGAAUGGCGCGAGGGCGAAGAACUACAGAAGAACGGCUGCAUCGAGCUGGACGUUCCCGAUACUGACCCUGAGGCGUUUUCAAUCCUGCUUGAUCUAAUGCACUGCCGCACGCAGGAAGUCCCUACAUUGGUGACCUUUGACGAGUUGGUCGAGCUGGCUGUCCAAGUGGACUACUUCAAAUGCCACGGAGUUGUGGGGCUGUAUCCCGCGAGAUGGAUCGAACCGUGGAAGGCGAAACGUCUCAACGCUUACUGUGAUGAGACCGGCAAGUGGAUUUUCGUUUCCGGGGUGUUCAAUGAUUGCGAGCUUUACGCAUCUGUUACCUGCUUGGCGAUACGACAGAGCAAGGACUUCAUCAACACGCUGGAUCUUCCUAUACCGCGAUCUGUUACAGAUGUUACGCUUACCAAGGAAGACACGAUCAAUCUGAAAAGGAAAGUCUGCUCUUUAUUAUUCAGAGAUGUGGAAGAGCGGCGGCAUAGAUUAGAGAAUGGCCGGAUCACCUGCAGUUUCGAGUGCGACCCAUUCAGACUAGGUGCACUUAUGAAGCAAAUGAAGGCCCACAGACUGCCAUGGCCCCGCGAGAACCUCGAUGAUGAAGGUCUUGCACCAGAAAGCGUGGCUGAGAAAAUCCUCGAAUUCGAGAUGCCGAGCUCUAAGAUGAGCGGUACCUGCUACCUGAUCGACGCUUCUGGCGAUGUUGUCCUAGUCCUGUCUGCACAGCGCCGCGCCCCUGAAGCAAAGCCGGUGCCAUCGACUUCUUCAGCGUCUCCAAAUGUUAAUAACAAUGCGUCUAUUAAUAAGGACGACGGAGAAAAGCCUUCUAAUCCAAAGAAAAUUAUACCAGUCGCAGUUGAAACACCGCAGACCCGCUUCAAAGUCUCGUCGAAACAUCUCACUCUGGCCUCAAACUACUUCAAGGGCCAUCUCAAGAAACGUAUCUCUCCAACUAGCACCGCCGACGAGCCAGGAUAUGACGAAGUCCAUAUGCUAGACUGCGACCCUGUCGCAUUCCUGAUAGUUAUGAACAUCAUACACGGGCAGGGGCAGCGCAUCCCGAAAGAGGUGGAUGCAGCGAUGCUGCUGAAAGUUGCUGCUGUGGUUCACUACCUCGACUGUCGAGAAGCAUGUACGUUUGUCGUCGAACUCUGGAAAAAGCGGUUGCUCGAUGAGAAGAAAGUAGUCUGCGACACAUGGGACAACUGCUUGAAAUGGGCCUAUAUCAGCUGGGCUCUCGGGUUCCAUUCCUUACAAGCUCAACGAGCGCUGCCAUGUCUCGAAGAUGUGUGUCGUCUACCUAUUCUGCUGAGCUCAAUCUUCCAGAGUGCAUUAAAGGUAAAUCACUCCUACAUCCCUUAUCGGCCUUCGAAGCACCAAUCCAAUUAA